AUGCAGAGUCACAUACUGGUGGAGGCCACUGAGGACCUGAAGCAGAUCAACAAACCAGUGGUGAUAAAGAAAACAAGCCUUACAGACAUUCCCCCUCCUGAUGGUCUUGAUGUGGUGGUGGAUCUAACAUCAGCAUCAGUGUCAUGGAGCAAACCAGCAGGAGUGGACCAGCCCUCAUACCUGCUCACCAUCAGCACUGGUUUGGAAUGUCUACAGACAACAUCUAUCAGAUCUCUCCAAUACUGCUUUACUGAGCUGGACAUUGGCAGAGAAUACCUUAUCAGUGUUACCACAGUGCUGGAAGGCAUACACAGCACACCUAUCUCUAAAACAAUUUGUAUCGACUUUCCAGCCCCAGAGAAUGUCACUGUGGACACAGUGACUCCAACAUCUGCUGACCUCAGCUGGAGCCUACAUCAGGGGAUGCAGCAGAUUCCACACACAUUCCUGAUCUCCUACUGCAGUGAAGGGACUGAACCACAGACCAUCUCUACAGAGUCCUGCAGCACAACUCUUGCAGGCCUGCAGCCAGACACUAAGUACACAGUUAUUGUUUGCACUGAGCUCAAGGACGGGAGAAAAAGUGAGUCUGUCUCAACCAGGAUUCAAACAGCUGUGCCUCCUCCUGGGCCCAUUGAGUUCACCUCAGUGAAGCCAGACUCUGUGUGUCUGUGCUGGGGACCUCCUGAGGGACUCACCGGACCCCACACAUUCAGGGUGUCAUGGUCUAGUGAAGGAAAUGAGGAGGAACUGGAAGUAGAUGGACUUGACCUCCAAAUUCACCAGCUCAGUCCCGGAUACAAGUACACCUUUACUGUGGUCACACUCAGUGGUGAAGACAGAGAGAGUCUGUGUGUAUCUGACACAGUGUUAACAGAUGUUCCUCCUCCUGAGAAUCUUGCUGUGGAUGUGGGUGUGACAUCAGCAUCAGUGUCAUGGAGCAGAUCAGAAGGGGUUAAAAUGGAGUCAUACGUAGUGAAGCUCUGGAUUGAUGGGAAUUGCACACAGAGAACAGUUGUCAGAUCUCCCCAGCACAGCUUUUCUAAUCUGGAAAUUGAGGGAGAAUAUAACAUCAACGUUUGCACUCUUUGGAAAGGGAAAAAAAGCAACCCAGCUUCUAUAACCUUCCAAAUGGGUACGUUGGCUCCCAAGGGUUUGUCUGUCGAUGACCUUGCUACAAUAUCUCCUGACCAAUGGACGGCUGAUCUCAGCUGGAGCCUACAGCAGGGGAUGCAGCAGAUUCCACACACUUUCCUGAUCUCCUACUGCAGUGAAGGGACUGAACCACAGACCAUCUCUACAGAGUCCUGCAGCACAACUCUUACAGGCCUGCAGCCAGACACUCAGUACACUGCCAGUGUCUGUACUGUACUCCAAGAUGGAGAGAAGACCAAGACAGCAUCUAUCACCUUCCACACAAGUGAAUGGAGGCUUGUACUGCUCGGCAAAACUGGAGAAGGUAAAAGCAGCACUGGAAACACCAUCCUGGGAGAAAAGGUUUUCCUAGUGAAGACAUCGCACUAUGAUGUAACCAAAACAUGUGAAGCACACAACAGUCUAGUCAACAGGAGGAAGGUCACAGUGAUAGACACUCCUGGCUUUCUUAACCCAAAAUCUCCAAAUGAUUUGAAUCCUGAAAUACCAAAAUGCCUUACUCUCAGUUCCCCAGGACCUCACGCCUUUAUCAUUGUGAUACGAGUCGGGAGGUACCUGACUGAUGAUGUGGAGGUUAUAAACCAGAUUCAGGAGUUGCUUUCCUCAGAUGUCUUUGGGUAUGCAGUGAUAGUCUUCACACACGGCGAGGAGCUGAGAGGUCAGACUAUUGAGGAGUUUGUAGAGGAAAGUAGUAGUAAGAGCUCUGACAGGAGACAAGGUCCACUGAAAGCUCUCGUAGCUAAAUGCAGUGGUCGCUAUCAUGUCAUAGACAAUGAGUACUGGAAUGAAGAAAAUACGGAAGGCGAAAGUAGAAAUAAGGCAGAGAUUGGGAAGCUUUUCAGAACCAUUGAGGACAUGGUGCAGCAAAACAGAGGGAUGAACAGAGGGGAGUAUUACAUCAGGAAAACUCUUGCAGUGGGAGGAGCAGCUGAACUAGAAGGAUUUAAACUGCUUGUCAUUGUAUGUUUUGGCUUAAUCUUGGCAUGGCUUUGGUUACUGUAAAAUUACAAAGGCAUGAGCAGUCAAAAUUAAAUUGAGCUAGAAAGAAAAUGAAAGUCCUCAUUAAGGGAUAGCAGCCGGCCACUGACAGAAUUCAGAAGAAUUUGUCAAAAUGAAUCAAUAAUGGCCAAAACAGAGUACCAUUUACUGCCACAAAGCAGAUCA